GCGUGAGGUCAUGAAUUUGAUUCCUGGUACCCCCCCAAAAAACAAUAACAACAACAAAAGUCAUAUGACCCUGUAUUUGAGCAAGUCUAGAAAGACAUAAAGUAGGUGGAAUUUAUAGUAGUAAACCUGACACAUAAUAGCAGCCAUAUAUAAAAGGUGCUGUAAAGUUGCCAUAACACUUUCCCACAUUCAUUUGCCAUAUACUUAAUGAUAGACAUAAAUUGUGCUACAUGUUAAUUACAAUUAAUUGGUAAGUUCUUGUGAAUGACUAUAAAUAGUGGGACUAGUUUACCGCCAAAGCAAAUUUUCAGUUUUUAAAAAAUUUUGUACCUUGACUUUAUAAUCAGUAAACCAGUUUAAAUCAUAGUCUAUUUCGCAUCAUACGUGUUGAUGAUGGAUGUAAGAAAACAAACUCAGACCUUCCGCCUAGGUGGCUGAGCUGCACUCCCAGAUUGUUGUCAGCUUUCCAACCCUACCAUCCCCUCUCACUCCCACAUCUGUCCCACUAGCACUUACACCUGAGGGUCUUGAGUAUAACAUUGAACAUUCAUUUGUUGAGCACUAUGUGCCGGAAGCAAGCAAGGUGCUGGAAAUACUGUGGUUGGCCAGGCAGCUCUGGUCGCAGACUAGAUUGGACGUCCCCGCCUUUAUCAUUGACAGAGGUGCUACAUGAAUCUGUCAGCCUUUGUUUCCUCAUUUGGUUCAGCACCCAGACAGGAAAGCAUAGCUGUCAUCGAUUGGGCCUCCAAUACCCUUCAGCAGAGGACAAUGCUAUAGGUGUGAAUGCCUGGGCCCAGAACCAGACACUGAGCAAAUGAGGCAAACCUGAGUUAGCUGGAAUUGGUAAGGUGACAUACAAAAGCUGUCGUACGGUAUGUGGCCUUUUAUGCCUGGCUUUUAAUGUUUUUGUGAUUCACUCAUACUGUAGCAUCCCUCAGUACUACUCAUGGCUGACUAGUGUUCUGUCAUAUGGAUGGAUGUAUCAUGUUUUGUUCAUCCACUUAACCACUGGAUAGGCUUUAGGUUAUUUCUACUUUUGGCUAUUGUGAUUAGUGCUCCUGUGAACAUUUAUUCCCAUGCUUAUUUCUCUCAGGUAUGGCCAGGGUGUGGACUUGCUAGGGUGCUAUGGUAACUCCAUUUAACACUUUUAAGAAGCUUCCAGACUGCUUCCUAAAGUGGGUGCCCCAUUUAACAUGGCCACCAACAAGAUAUGAGGGAUACGUAGGCCACAUCCUUGCCACCCUUGCGUUUUUAUCUCUGUAUUAUUUGUUAUUUACAUGUCCUGGUUAUUUGACCCAUAGCAGAUAUAUGCUCACAAAUGCUUUCCUUGUUUUGGGGGUAAGUUCUUUGCAGCACUACUGGGCCACUCUCCCACCCCCAAGUACGGGGUACUGAACCCAGAGCCUCGCUGCUGCUAGGCAAGUGCUCUACCACUAAGCUACUUUCCAGGUUUUGAAGCAGGGUCUUGAUAAAUUGCGCAGGCUGGCCUCAAACUUGUGAUCCUUCUGACUUAACCUGGGUGUGUAGAAAGUAUUACAGAUUUUCCAUCUCUGCCAGGUGGGCUACUUUUAAUAACUAUUUUAAAAUCUUAAACUCGAAAUAUGUGAUUAGUGUUUGAGUCUACUUCUAAAUAAACAUUUUAAUGUUAUGAACAAGCCAUGGAUGCAGGUCCUGUUUUGAGCCUUGAGCUCAUGAAGGGAUACAUCCUGGUGACAGCUGAGGCGCAUCUGGUUUUCUAUGCUGACGCUAUGGGGUGCAUGUGUGUGAACGCGUGUAAUUCUCAUGACCUCUUGUGAGGCGGACACUGCUGUCGCGAUGGGUACUGUGUGUACGCGGACGCUCGAGGCAGCCGGGCGCUGCCUGGAGUGAGAGACAGCUGCUGAGAUGGCGCGGAUUCCGUGCUCUCUGCAGCUUGCUGAUGGCCCCGGGUGGAAUUAGGGUGGAAGUAACUCUGCGAGGAACGCCCACACCUUGGCUCAGAGAGUGAGAGUAGUGUUUCCACGACGUCUGCUUGGGGAUGCUUUUCGAAACGAGAGCCCUAGGCGUCCUCACUGCCCAACCUCCCUUGACGACUGUGUGGGGCCCACUGGGCUCGGUGGCAGCCCUGGGCUCCUCCCCGAGGGUCGGGGCUUUGAGGCCGCCCGGAGAACAGGGCUCUAUUUCUGGGGUCGCUGACACCCGAGGGCUGGGGGCGGGGCUGCAGCGGGGCGGGACCAGCCCGCUGCGUGGAGACCGCGGAACCCAGCCGGGCGGGUGUGGCUGCGACGGCGAAGCCAUGAGCUGGAGCUGCCCGCGAUGCCACGAACCCGUGUACUUCGCAGAAAAAGUGAGCUCCCUGGGCAAGAAUUGGCACCGCUUCUGCCUGAAAUGUGAGCGCUGCCACACCGUGCUGUCCCCAGGAGGGCAUGCAGAGUGGCAGUUCUGCCAGCACACCCAUUGUUCAGCCCUCCCCGGCCCAGACCAUCUUGGCCCGAGUGACCCCCUUCCCUCUGCUGUGCCCAGCACAAAGGGAGGCCCUACUGCCACAAGCCAUGCUACGGGGCCCUCUUUGGACCCAGAGGUGAGUACCAGCCUAGGAGGGCCAGCAGCAAGACCUGCCCUGCCCUGCCCUGCCCUGCCCGAGAUCCAUCAGUCUGGUCUCUGUGCAAUUGUCCCUGCAGGGGUGAAUAUUGGAGGUGUGGGCUCAUAUCUCUACAACUCCCCCACCGCCUCCCCUGCCAGCACCACUCUCAGCCCCAGCAGCUUCAGCCCCCCCAGGCCAAGGACCGGCCUCCCCUGUGGCAAGAAAAGCCUGGCCAGCAUGAGGACAUUCACGGGAGAGACCUCGCUGUGCCCUGGCUGUGGGCAACCUGUCUUCUUUGCCGAGAAGGUGAUGUCUUUGGGCAGAAACUGGCAUCGACCCUGCCUGAGGUGCCAGCGUUGCCAGAAGACCCUGACUGCCGGGAGCCAUGCUGAGCAUGAUGGCGUCCCUUACUGCCACAUCCCCUGCUAUGGCUACCUGUUCGGCCCGAAAGGUGUGAACAUCGGCGAAGUGGGCUGCUAUAUCUACGACCCAGUGGAGAGAAAAUCCAAAUGAGAGCUCCCAGGAGAGGUCAUCCCAGUGCAGGCUUCCUGUCAUCCCUCCAUGAUGCAGUGGGAGCUAUGAUUUCUUUCUCCAGUCCUAUGGGGUGGGGAAGGUGGGAUCCUGGGUCCCUCAGCCUAGGCUCCAUGGUAGGCCAGUGUCUACUUUAGACUUUCUCUGCCGAUUCUUCCCUUUCUC